UUGGCCUGCUAUAUCAUUAAGACCUGUGGUGCGUGUGAUAUCCCUAAAUUCAGUUGUGUGUCAGUGCCUUGAGUGUACCGAUUACCAUUAAAUACUAAAGCAUUCCUGUCUUGUAUUGUGGAGAACUAGUGUGUUUUGGAGUUUGUUUUUUGUCUUCUGAGAACGUGCUGAGUGGUUUUCAAAAGACACCCAACUGUCCUUUAGUGCAGAUAUCACCAUGCCGCUUGCAGUUGGUGGUCCUGUUGGUUACACUCCUCCAGAGGGGGGGUGGGGUUGGGCAGUUGUAGUUGGUGCCUUCAUCUCUAUUGGUUUCUCCUAUGCCUUCCCAAAGUCCAUCACUGUGUUCUUCAAAGAUAUUGAAGUGAUCUUUCAAGCCACCAGUAGCCAAGUCUCCUGGAUCUCAUCCAUCAUGCUAGCUGUCAUGUAUGGAGCAGGUCCAGUCAGCAGUAUUCUGGUGAAUAAGUAUGGCAGUCGUCCGAUCAUGAUAACAGGGGGUUGCCUCUCAGGAGCUGGACUCAUUGCUGCAUCUUUCUGCAACACAGUGGAGGCCUUAUAUUUCUUUGUGGGUGUUGUAGGAGGUUUGGGACUUGCGUUCAAUCUCAACCCAUCCCUUACUAUGAUUGGCAAAUAUUUCUACAAAAGAAGGCCCAUUGCAAAUGGCAUUGCCAUGGCUGGCAGCCCUGUGUUUCUAUCCACUUUAGCUCCUCUGAACAGUUGGUUUUAUAACCAAUUUGGUUGGAGGGGCAGUUUCCUAAUCCUGGGUGGACUGCUGCUCAACUGUUGCGUAGCUGGAUCUCUCAUGAGGCCUAUUGGGCCAAAACCCAAACCUGCUGUGAAGGAAGUUAGUUCUGAUGGAGAGAAGAAGACAGUGAUGCAGCUUAUCAACAGUUUCAUUGAUCUGUCUCUCUUCAAACACCGUGGAUUCCUCCUGUACCUCAUAGGCAAUAUUAUUAUGUUCUUUGGCCUUUUCACUCCCCUAGUAUUCCUCAGUAAUUUUGCCAAAAGUAGGGAUAUUCCAAAAGAGAAAGCAGCUUUUUUACUUUCAGUGCUGGCCUUUGUGGACAUGGUGGUGCGGCCAUCCAUGGGAACAGUGGCCAACACCAAGUGGGUGCGACCCAGGAUACAGUAUUUCUUUGCAGCCUCUGUUCUGUUUAAUGGUGUGUGCCAUGUUCUUGCACCUCUUUCAGUUGAUUAUCUAGGGUUUGUUAUCUAUUCAAUCUUCUUUGGGUUUGGGUUUGGGUGGCUGAGCUGUGUGCUGUUUGAGACCCUGAUGGAUUUGGUGGGAGUCCAGCGCUUCUCCAGUGCUGUGGGCCUGGUCACCAUUGUGGAGUGUGGACCAGUGUUAAUUAGCCCUCCACUGCUGGGAAAAUUUAAUGACAUCUACCACGACUACAAGUACACUUACAUAACCUGUGGAAUAGUCCUGAUGGUUGCAGGCAUGUUCCUUUUUAUCUUCAUGGGCAUUAACUACAGGCUACUGGAUAAGGAAGCAAAGGAGGAAGCGAGAAAAUCUCAGACAAAAAGAAAAGAGGAAGAAUCCACCAUAGACAUCGCAGACAAGGAGACAGCUACUGCACUGCAAGUAAACAGAGGCAAUAAAACAGCAGAAGACACUGUGUGACUUCCCCUAUCCAGAUAUGAUUGUACGCUUUUGUGGAAAUAUAUGUCAUGCAGUUCUGUACUGUUGUAAUAUUGUUAUUAUUGUGCAAUAUUUACAUCCCUAAAAAUAUCACUGAGAUGACACAAUACAAUGUGGUUCAGCACAUAAAAACAUGUUAGUAAUGUUAAUGUUUGACGUUAUUUUAACUGAACCUAUCAGAAUUUCACCUUUUUUUUUUUAUUUGUAUCUCCUUUUUUAAUUGUAUGACAGUCAAAACUAAUCUAAAAAAAUAAGGUAUUCAUAAGGACUAAUAAAACUGUAUUUUAGAUGUCUAUUUUUUUAUUAUUUUUUUUAGUAAACUUCUGCUAAGUUAUAAGAAAUGGUUUGUAAGUUAAUAUACUAUAUGGCCAAAAGGAUGUGGACACCUGAACUUCCCACCCAUACAUGGUUCUUCCCUAAACAGUUUCCACAAAGGUGGAGCUCACAAUUAUAUAUAACGUCUUUGUAUGCUCAGUCCAUACAGGAUUUCGCUGAGUGUUUUUGUGAUUGUUGCGGCCAAAAAUGCUUGAUUUUGCUACAGAUUUUUUCAAAAUUUUAUGUAACUUAGAAUUUUUUGUGCUUUGUUUGUGGAAAACUACUUGAAUUGGCAAAAUUGAAAUUGUCUCUCGCAGUGAUGUUUGUUGGUAAAUGAGAACUUUUAGCUGUACUCAUGUUCAACGGACAUGAAUCAAAGAGGGCUUUGAUUAAAUGCACGUCUCACAUGACACAUCUUGGCCCAAAUUUGCAGUAAUUUUUAAAAUUGCAAGCUCGUCUAAAUAUUGCACAGUUUUGGCCAUGUAGUGUAUUUUAAUGCUUUGCAGAAAUACAUUAAUGAACUGAUAAGCAAAAUGUCUCAGAUCUUUAAAGAUAUGUUUAGAAAAAUGGGAGUACUGAUUUUCUGUUUCUUGGCAUUUUCUGAUGCCUCCAUUCGCCAUCAUGCAUGCAAAUAAGUAACUCUGAAUAAAAUUAAUUCGUUCAUUCA